CGGCAAGGACAUGCGCCGUCCCUUUGUUUUGGUACGGCGAAGGUCCUGACGGGAUGUCGGAAUCAAGCGUUGGAAUCAGAGAUGUAACAUCAGUCCUACUUUUGCCGUUCAGCUGUACACAAUCACGGUUCGGAAAGAAAUCGGUAGUGCCUAGUGGCCCAUAGAUAGGUUGAGGAUGUGCUGGGAAUAGAUGCCGUUGUGAUGUAAGGCAGUCAGUGGAGGGAUAGUGAUUGGCGCCGUUGUGGAAUGGAUAAAUAGAGCGGCUCGUUGAAUAAAUAGCGAAAACAACGAAAGGUGUGAAGUGUCAUAGUGCGUGAGAUUCUGUUGUUUGUCGAAAGUAGAAAAAAAGUGGUGAGCAAAAUUCGAUAUGGGCACAUUUGAUCAAAGCAACGUUUCCAAACGGAAAUUAAAUAUAAAAGAGCGAAAAGAAACCGAGAAAAGUUGUUGAGUUCGAGCUUAACUGGAAGUGCAAAUCGUUAUCGUAAAGCUGUAGAAAAUUUCCGGAGUUGAUAAAUUGGAUUUAUGCUGCAAAACUGUCACCGCUGCUUUAACGGUUUACCGGCAGAGUGGAUUCCCAGUUUGGAGUAAUUGGAUAAACGUCAGCAUACCCAUUUGCUAGCAGGAAUACCGGAAAAAAAUGGAAAAGUUUGCGCCCAUACCAGCUGUGUAACCAAAUUGGAAUAGAACAAUCUAACACAGCAAAGAAAAGAGUGGCAAGGAUAAAAUUAAAAUGAUAAUACGGCUUUCGUUGGCCAUUGUGCGGCGAGAAACAGAAACUGUGCUAGAUUGUAUUCAUAAUCCGCCUCCGAGACGAUACGAAAAAGUGCCAAAGUAGUGUUAUGGAGAGCGUAAUCGUAUUUUAUAAUCCAAACACGUUUUGUGGACUAUGUCAAAUAUAGCAACCGAUGUGAAAAUUUCAAACAAUCAACGCAAAGUGAUAACAAGUGAAGCAGUGAGUAAAGCAAUCUUCGUUGCUUUGUGGAAGAUUAAUAACAUCAAAGAUUGAAUUAUGAUAAACACUGUUUACUUCCUGAGUUUAUCGAGAAAUUUAAAUUGUCUGUUUCGAAGCUGGAUUAUUACGCUGUACUUUCUCCAAGGGUACCCAUCGCUACAAACCGGAAUGAUAUCGUACAAAGGCAACAGUGAUAAGUUCUUUCGGACAGCAUUUUUCCUUCUUUCGCCUCACGUUCCGGGUGACAAGGAUAGUAGUAAGGAUAAUAGUGAUAACCAGAAUAUUUUAGAAAGUGGUGAUAGUGUUGAGAUGGAAUCCAGUGUGUUCGAUUUUGAUAGCGAGAGCGAAGAUUUACUUAAGUACUACAAAACACCGAUGCAGUUUGGAACGGGAAACUCGACGGUGAUUACAUCGCAGGUGGGAUCGACAGCACACAUUCCCUGCAGGAUACAUCACAUUGGAGAAGGCGUGGUGUCGUGGAUCAGGCGAAAGGACUAUCAUCUGCUGACGGUUGGGCUGACGACUUACAGCAGCGACGAGCGAUUCAGUGCCACACAUCUGCAAAACUCCGAGGAUUGGACGCUGCAGAUAAAAUUCGUGCAGGACCGGGACGCCGGAUGGUACGAGUGCCAGGUUUCAACACAUCCACCGACGUCCAUCUUCCUGGAGCUACGGGUAGUGGAAGCACGAGCCGAGAUAGUUGGACCGCAAGUUAAGUACUUGACACCUGAUUCGACGCUGAAGUUAAUAUGUCGCGUUGUGCAGAGCACCGAAGCAUCUGCGUUCAUAUUUUGGUAUCACAAUAAUCGGAUGAUAAACUACGAUGUCGAUAGGGGUAUCAACGUGUCGACGGAAGCAGACUUUCACUAUUCGGAGCUCACUAUCAAUCACGCUGGCAAGGAGCACUCCGGAAAUUACACGUGUGUUCCCAGUAACUCGCAACCAGCAAGCGUUGUUGUACAUAUAUUUAAAGGUGACCAUCCUGCUGCAAUGUAUCACGAGCACCGUAGUUCUUCCACGAUUCCAUACCGGGAUGGGCGAACCCUGUUCGGACUGGUGCUACUCAUAGAAAUGUUGUCCUUUUCAACGAUGCUCUAUUGAAAAGUUGUUUCUGGCCUGGUUUAUUUGCAAAAUUCAGAGAAACCACGCGAUGAACACCAAUCGUUUGUAGUUAGGGAUAAAGUUUGGAGGGGUGUUUAGGAAAAGUUUUUAUUUUGCGAUUCAGUUGAGCAAAGGGAAAUCCAGAUUAUUAAAGCAACAACUUUUGGUUCAUUUGACGUAAUGGAAAUAAUGAUGGCGGAGAGAGAGGAGCUUCCCUUUUUCCACUUUUAACGAUGAUCAGAAAAGUUGAGUUUGGAACGUGACAGUUUAUUAAUGUUUUUGGAAUUUUUACUACGUUUCGUGAAUGUUAUUUUGUGGUAUACAUGCAUAUUUUAUACAAAGAAAUGAGUUGUCAAUGCUAUCAGAUAUCACUUCCUUGCAUAAAUCUUACCAUGUCU